UACCUGACGAGUCGUUUAUAAAUAGCUGGAUUUUCUGUAAAAUCCUAAGAAGCGAUUUCACUGCCACAAACAACCGUUUCAAAACUCUUCAGUUUCUUUUCAACUUUCCCACUUUUCAAAAUCGUCGUUGCAAUUUCUUGAAUAAAUACAAAAAUUGCCAAAAAAUUCAAAGAAAAAUGGGGAAAUGGAAUCAUCGUCCGAGGUUCUUCCGUCGUAGAUCUCCCGAUCGUCCUUCUGUUUACUACGACAUCAAAGCCCCUCUUCCUGAGUUUCGGCACGACGGAAUACCUUUAUGGGAGAAGAAAUAUUGCACUUUGAGUGGAUGUGUAGCAUGGCAGAAGAUUGUUGAUUCCAAAAAGCUGAUCUACUGCCACCAAAAUGUGCUCGAUUGGAAGGAUUCAGGUGCCGAAGAAGCAUUUCAAAAUGCCAAAAAACAGUACUGGGCGAAAAUCAACAACCUUCCCUGUGACAUUUCUCCGCCUGAUCCAGAUGCUUAUAUUGAGAAAGUAGAUUGGAAUCCUUGUAUUGACCCUGAACUGAUCAAGGAAAUAGAUAACGCACACUUUGCUCUCCCCGAUGAAGAAGAGCAAGUUGAAGAAGAACAAGAGAACGUCUUAAAAAAUAAGAGAACAAAGAUUUCAGUUGAUGGUGAAGAUCCUUGGGAAUGUGCUGCAAAAUCUCUUGGCAGAAGUGUAGAAAAUAAUAUAGUCCAAGGACAAAACCAAUGGGAUCAUCAUGAUAAUUCUGAAAAUGUGAUUACUACAAACGAUCCCUGGCAGAGUAGCUUCUUUCAUGGAAAUCAAAGACCAACUGACAAUGCUUGGGAAGGUGGUCAUGAUAAGUCGGGGGGUUGGAAAGAAGGAAGACACCAUAAUAAUCCGUGCGGAUAUUGGAAUUCUGGAUGCUCACCGAACGAUAAAGGAUGGGGCAAAGCUAAGGACAGUUCUUGGUGGCAGCAACAAUUAAACAAUUCGGCUAAUAUUGGAAACUCUUGGGAAUACAACUCUAGUAAACAAAAUGUAGUUCAAAUGAACACAGGAUGGGGAAACAGCGGCGGCACGAAUGUACCAAGAUGGAAGCAACAAGAAAAAGCUUAUGUUUCAAGCGAUUCACAAUUUCGAAGGAACAACGGAGGAGGUUGGACUGGUGGGAAUCAGAGUUACCAGCAAAUGAGAGAAGGCUACAACAGACAUAAUUCAGGCUAUAAUGGAUCUCAAUUUCAAAGGGGUGAUAGUCAAACAGGUCAUUAUUGGAAGAGAGAGCAAAGUAGAAAAAGGGAUUUCCGCGCUCGAUAGUUUUCACACCAUCCGUGCCUCGUUUUUUGAUUAGUAUUUGAUUUUUGGUUAUACGUGAGGGUAACUAUUCCUCAGGAGUUUUGGAAGAAGAUGGUUACUGGUUGCAAGAGUAUAGGCUAUAUGUGCUUUAUCCUUGAGGUGAAAACUUUGUUUCACAGUUUGGUACUAUAUAGAGAAAUUUUUCGGGCUUGUCUCUUGCAUUUUGGUUUGUAGAAAACUCUUACCAGUAUCUGUGGAGAAUGUAUCAGUAAGGCUUACUUGAAACUCAGCAACUUAUUUGGCUACCUUGUUAAGGGCCAUGUAACUAGCCUUUGCUUGUAUUGUAUCUUGAUCUUGAAGACUUUGUAUAUCAUUGACAUAAAGUUGGUGUUAUAAGUGGUACAUGAUAGAUGUUGUUCACUUUCA